AUGCCCUUCAUCUAUCAAAAUACAGACCUGCCUGGGGAAACGAAGUCGUACAGGGAUGCUGUGGAAGAGGUGCUCUGCUCACCUGCCAUGGCUGAUGGGGCUACGGGACGGUUCCUUUGCUCUGGGCUGGAAGGGGCGGUGGGGGCUCAGAUACGCUACAUGUCCCAUAGGGAUGAGGAGGCUUCUUCCAAGUUAAGAGUGACUCCUUCCACUACAACCCCAGCCCCGCUGUCCUGUUGCCCCCAGUCGCAACAAGUGCCCGCCGGUGCGUGGCCGGUGGCGGUGGCGGGGCGGAGCGGGGGCUCAGGAAGUGACACGGCGGGGCGGAGCGGCGAAGCGGCGGUGGCAGCGGCAGCAGCAGCAGCAGCAGCAGCAGCAUGGCAGCGCGGCGGGCGUGAGCACCGGCCUCGGCACCCGGCACCCGGCCCGCAGGCUGCAGAGGCCAACAUGGAUUUUCUCAUCAUCUGCCCCUUUCUACUGGCAUUGCUGCUGUCCCAGGGCAGCUUCACAGAUCUGGAGAAACAGAGAGUAGACUCUGGCUUGGAAAUCUAUAAGAAGCUGUUUGAGGUGAAGCGCAAGGACCAGAUGAAUGCUCUGAAGAACUUGAUUGAGCUCAAUGACGUCAACCAGCAGUACAAAAUCAUUGACAUCAUGCUCAAGGGACUCUUCAAAGUGCUGGAGGACUCACGUGCUGUGCUGAUCGCUGCCGAUGUGCCUCCUGAUGGGCCCUUCCCUCAGGAUGAGAAGAUAAAGGAUGCAUAUUCCCAUGUGGUGGAGAACACUGCUUUCUUUGGGGAUGUUGUCCUGCGCUUCCCCAAGAUUGUACACCACUACUUUGACCGCAACUCCAACUGGAACAGCCUCAUCCGCUGGGGCAUCGGCUUCUGCAACCUGACGGGUGUGUUCGAGCAGGGACCCCACUCCCAGGUCCUGCGGCUGAUGGCUCAGGAACUAGGAAUCAGUGAGAAAUCUCCCGAUUACCGCAAUCCCUUUAAAACGGACCAGUCAGAGUUUUUCCCCAGUGCUGACACCUUUCAGAAGGCGCUGCGGGAUGAGGAGAAGAGGAGGAAGAAGGAAGAGAAGCGGAAGGAGAUCCGCAAGGGCCCACGCAUAUCCCGCUCACAGUCGGAGCUGUAGCGUGCUGGGACUUGGUGCCUUGCAGUGGGGGUGACACCACUGGGUCACAGAGUGGCUCGCUUCCUUCUUGGCAGCCAUUCCCUUUCCAUUUGUGCUGUGGGUUUUGUUUUGUUGCCUUUCGUUGUUGUUCAGUGGAGGUUGGGUGGUGGUGCUGGUGGGUUGCCCCAAAGGGGCUAAAUUGGAAUAGAUACCCUUUCUGCAGAGGUAAAGCACAGACAUGACAGCACCGGGGCCAUCCGCUGGUCAGGGUGUUGCUGCCUGUGGUGAAGUAAGGUGUGGGAGACACUGCUCUGGUGGAGCCCAGGGAUCCCUCCUCACUGCAGCACACCCCACGCUGAAUGUGCCUCCUCCAGCACGGGUGGGCUGGGGAGUGCUUCACACCAAACAGCCUCAUGAGCAAUGCUGCUUCUCUCAGUUUUGCUUUUCAUUUUGUUAAACGGGUGAUCUCAUUGGCAUCCCCCACUGGGUUCUACCUGGUCUCUGCACAGCUGCUACCUCUGCCAGAUCAGACCUCCCCUUUUCCCAGCAGCUGUUUCACCGAGCAACACACGUUUUAUUGUCGAGAUGCAGUUGAAAAUGCCGAUGGCAGCUGUUCCUGGCCUAUGGCAUCCCGUGGUCACCACAGGUCAUUCCUGCAGAGAGGCAAAUGCCCGGUGAAUUUUUGGACAGAAGAAAUUUCAGUAUUUUGCCUCUUGGCAGCCAGUGGGUGGCUGUAGUGCAAGCAGUGCUGAUGCUGAAGAUGCUGGGGAGCCAGCCCUGAGCCACUGAGAGCCUGUCCUGUAGCCCAUGCCCCAUCCCUUCUCUCUGGCGCUCAUCCUCGCUAAAUGAGUCCCCGAAGCCCCUUGUCAGGGGACAGCCAGAUGAGGGCAUGUGGUGAUCGCAAGGCCGAAGUAAGGAGGGAGCCAAGCGAGGGGCUGCGACCCUGCACCGUGUGUCUGGGCUGCCGUGGGGGCAGAGCUGAGGGCUGACCCCAGUACCCGGCACGGCCACCCUGUGAUUCCUCCUCCCCCGGGCUGAUGCUCGCACGGAGCAGGUCCUUACCCAAGGAACGGCUGCUCUGUGCCGGGCUGGCGGCAUCGCAGCUUUUGAGGAAAGGGAAACGUCCCGAAUUUUUUAACAGCAGAGCCAAGUCCCUCCAAUGUGGGGAGGGGGUGGCAGUGGGCGCAUUUUGGUUGUUCUUGAAUAAAAUUGACUUUAUUAUUA